AUGAACAAUGUCAUUGAUCGAGCAAUCAAGAAACGAGAUGAAAAGAUGGAUCAGAUGAUCAAUGGUAAAAAUACAACACCAGAAGAUGAUGGAUUAAUAUUGUGUUCAACCGAUGGAAAGUAUUUCUUCUUUAUGCACGAAGACUCCGAACCUGAAAUGAAGAAAAUUAUCUUUAGUAAAUAUAUGGAACAAAUUGUUCGAGGUAUCCGAUCAUUUUUUCUGAACAGAACAGACUUCAUUUCUUAUUUUAUUGUAGCUGUAUUAGGUGAAAAUGUCUAUUAUACUCAUUCGGAAAUCGUUGUCAAACGUGGACAAGGAAAGAACGAUUCUUCGAGAAGAACUGCUUUCGCUUGGCAUCAAGAUAGUGGUUAUGUUCCGUAUGAACAUACUCCUUAUCUUAGCUGUUGGUGUGCAUUGACGGAGAUGACAUCGAACAAUGGAACCAUCUCGGUCCUAUCAGCGGAAAGAAAUCCGUCCGCUGAUGAACAUCACAAAAUUCGUUGGUUUGGAAAAGCACGACCUUCAUGUGAAACGAAAUUUCCUUCUUAUGAACAUCGACCAGAUGAUUCCAGUCCAGAUCUACUUGGAUAUUUUGGAAAUGAUCCCGGUGUUGAAGUUGUUUGUCCAGCUGGAAGUAUCGUUGUCUUUUCCAGUCUGACACUCCAUUGUUCCUCACCCAAUCGAAGUGAUUCUCUUCGUUCAGCAUACAAUGUUCAAUAUGCACCUGUGCCAUUGAUGAGUGAAGAUCAAAAAUCUUUUCGACAUAAAGCAGAUCCAUUUAUUAUUCAAUCGAAAACUAAUGAAGAACUGAAGAAAUGGCAAUCAUAA